GGCAAGCUUACUCAGGGGUUGUCAGCUCAUAGGGCCCUGAGUCCACUGUCUUUUUAUACACUAGGUGCACUUGAGUCAAGCUAGAAAAGAGCUCAGCUCUGAGAUCUGCCACUACUGCCUGCUACCAGGAGUUUCUAUUAAACUGCAGGACAACCAGAAACAAGAAGGAGGGAAAAUCCAGCACUUUUAGUCUUUUUUUUUUUAUUCUCAAACACAACAAAAAGGAUUAAAAUUCUUCUUUUUGAACCACUUCCCCCCAUUCCCCUUCUGAAUCACACCAGAACUUUAGGAGGAUGGCAGAGCAGACGAGGCAGGUGUCUCUGACCCAGGCUGUGACCCUGGUGUUGGUUCUGCUCACCUCCGCUGCUUCAGCAGAGGAGUACGACUACUAUAGCUGGCAAUCUGACAAUUUCCACAAUGGCCGCUUCUAUGCAAAGCAGCCACAGUGUGUGGAUAUCCCAACCGACCUGCGGCUCUGCUACAACGUGGGCUACAAAAAGAUGCGCCUGCCAAACCUACUGGACCACGAGACCAUGCCUGAGGUCAAGCAGCAGGCUGGCAGCUGGGUGCCACUCCUGGCAAAGCGAUGCCACGCUGACACGCAGGUGUUCCUCUGCUCCCUUUUUGCUCCAGUGUGCCUGGACCGGCCCAUCUACCCCUGCCGGUCUCUGUGCGAGGCGGUGCGUGACAGCUGCGCCCCGGUCAUGGAGACCUAUGGCUUUCCCUGGCCAGAGAUGCUACAGUGCGAGAAGUUCCCCAUCGACAACGAUCUGUGCAUUCCCAUGCAGUUCUCUGCGGGUCACGCCACUCAGACUCCAGUUUCAAAAGUGUGUCCACCCUGUGACAACGAGUUGAAAGCAGACACCAUAAUGGAGCACUACUGCGCCAGUGAUUUUGCACUCAAGAUGAAGAUUAAAGAGGUGAAAAAGGAAAAAGGCGACCGCAAGCUUAUCGCAGCACAAAAGAAGAAGAAGGUUCUGAAGAUGGGAAUACUGAGGAAGAAAGACCUAAAGAAGCUCACGCUAUACAUCAAGAAUGGAGCGAACUGUCCCUGCUCGCAACUGGACAAUCUGGGGAGCAACUUCCUCAUCAUGGGCCGCAAAGUGGACCAACAGUUACUGCUCAUGUCCAUCCACAAGUGGGACAAAAAGAGCAAGGAACUCAAGUUUGCCAUUAAAUACAUGAAAUCUCAUCAGUGUCCCACCUAUCACACUGUCUUCCAGUGACCAAUGACUCUUCUUUCUGCAACUUCCAAUAACUCUUUCAGAGACCGUAUCCAUGCCUAAUUCCAACCAUUAGUACAGAUGUAUUUUAUUACUCAUGAAAUGGCUUUUGGAAACUGCUUAGGACUUAAUUCAUCAUCAAGUACAGCUACAUUUUGUUGGCAACUGUAUCGACAUAAAAAGUAUUGUUUAUGAAGCAAUCAGCACACUUAUGAUGCUCAUGCAUAUUUUAGUGAAACUUUCCUGGUUCCCUCAUUCAGAGCACAAGCUAUGAGACUUUUUGGAAAGACAUUGGCAACCUUUUCAAUCAAUGUGAGAAAAAGAGAAUUGUGAACUAGAGCUUUAAAGAAUGCACUCACUUACUGAACACAUAUUUGAUUUCAAUGGCGAGAUUCCACAAACAAAUGAAACAGAACAAAUAUAGUGCCAACUGGUUUUUAUCUGUAUCUUUUAUUUUGUAGAUAAGGAAUAAAAAGUUUUUAUUAUGUAUUACGAAGAUCGUGAUCAUUAGCAGCAGAAUGGGACUCGACUCCGGCUUGAAACUUGGGAGGUAAGAAAACUGAUGGAUUGAAAAGUGUUGGUCAGGACGGAGGCCCAGAUAUGUCAACCGCAGUCCUGUGAGCAAGUCUGGACCAUUUAUCUGAUCUAAGAGCACACAUCAUAUCAGCCAAGCUUAUGACAGACUCUGGACUCAUUCAAUCAUUUUGGUUGGUGAGGUGUUUUUCAUGCUUUCUAUACAGUAUGCAACAUUAUUUUUUACUAAAAUUAUUAUAUAUUUCUACAAAUAUACAGACAUGGUAUGGAAAGAGCCUUCCGACGUUACAUCUCACUGUAAUAAAAGUUCAAAUUUAACUGUGCUAGUUCUGUUUAAUCAGAUAUCACCAUUUAAUGAUAUUAUCUAAUGUUGUUGUCACAAGGAUUUGUUAUUUAUCUUCAGGAAUUAACUAUAGUUCAACCAAAAAAGCCUUCUUAUCGUUUCAAACCUUUAUGAAUAUCUUUCUUCUGUGGUACACAAAAGGAGAAUUUUUCAGAAAACAACUUUUUUCAGAAAACAAUUUUGGUUCUGUCCAGUGGCAGAUCAUUGGGGAGGCAAGGAGGGCACAUCCUACCCAAAAUUUUGAGGUGAAAAUGGGCGAAGGACGAUUUAAUGUUAAUAAAAAUCCCAGUUAUUCAUAUAA